AUGUGGCUAUUGUCGGACUAUGAAGAACUCAACAUGCCCGUACCUCGUUCAUACGUCGCAACUUUGGAAGCGCGGAUCAAGACACUAGAGGAUGCAAUCCAGGCAACUGGAGCGACUUUGCCUCCCGCAGACCCCGCAUUGGGAGUUUUCGAGUCGGAGGAUGCCGGACUCGGACUCGGUCCAAGCAACGAGUCAUCGCUGUCGGAAAACAAUCACCCUGGCGACAAGUCCCAAACUACCCCCGAUGAGAGAUUGCCCGAAGACAGUGGAGCAUCCGUCGAGGCUAUCCUCGACAUUGGGCGACUGCGGCUAUCUGUUUCUCGUACUACUGAGGAUUCCGAGGAUUUGGUCGGUUCAUCGGCACCUGAGUCUUCCUAUUUUUCUUACUACGGUCCUACGUCGAGCCGAUUUUUGUCCGGACAGGCAACCGCCGAGCCUCCUGUCUCGGGCUUAUUCGGUCGCUGCGGCGUUCGAGAUAGCAUUGACGAGCGAAAAACAUCUAACCUCUUCGAUGACCCUAUCGAGACGGAGUUACUCAAUAAAUUCUGGAAAUGGCAAGACAUCCACUUCAUGGUUGUCAAUCGUGAUAUUUUUCUAGAAGCCUACAAAAAGGGAGAACGCGAGUCGGAAUGGGUAUCGCCUAUGUUAAUCGACAUGAUGUUGGCAAUUGGCGUCCAGUUUGGACACCAGGGAUAUGGGCGCAAGGCAAUAUAUGCAGCUCGCGCCGAAGCACUCGUGAUUCACGAACUAGCACGACCUACUAUGGCCACUUUGCAAGCUGUGCAGCUCUUGUCGAUAUUCCAGAUGGGAGUUGGUCGCGUGUCUGUUGGGUGGAGUUUGACUGGUUUGGUUGUUGCUAUGUCCAACAAGAUGGGCUUGCACAUUGAUUCUACCGAACUGGUUGCUCGGGGGGUUAUGAGCCAACGUAUGAAGGAUAUGAGGGAUUCAUCUUUUUGGGGAAUAUUCGUUUUAGAUAGAUUGUUCUCGAUUAUCAUGGGGUAUUCGUCCCAAUAUCCUUCCAUCCAACGUCAAAUUGGCUGGGGGCGAACCAAUCAAGACAAUCAAUCAUCACACGCUAGUCCGAUUGACGGUUCGUGGAUCCGUUUCAACAAUCUCAUCGAUAUCGUCGAAACAAUGCUCAUGGACAUCUACGCAUUCGAUGCUCCAGUACGAACCGCAAUGGAAGACUACAAUAUGCUAACGAAGAAUAAUCAAAUUAUUCAAGCAUACAUCGACGAUCUGCCGAUUAAUGUGACAGCCGAGAAGAUAUUCUCAGGGAAGGUUACUAGUUUACGUCCAGUUGCCCUCCAGCAAGUCAAAAAUUCGCAUCAUGUACAUAUUUUUAUCAACUUGUUCAUCCUUCUGAUAAACCGACCAUUUAUCGGAUCUCGCCAGGAUUCUAUGCCUUCCUCAUCGGCUCGCUCGAUGAAUGCUGCCAAUCAAGCCAUCGAACGUCGAUGUCGAGCACUUGCGUUUGGUCAAUGUCGUACUGCUGCUUUACGCAUUAUUGCGCUGGUCAAAUACUUCAUUCAUUCGCCAUGUUUUACCACUGCCUACGAUAUCUUCAGUGCUUGCACGAUCUUGCUUCUCUGUCCGAAGGACCCGGAUGCGAUGAAAGCUGUACAGACUGGGUUGACUUACCUUGACCAACUUAAACAAAGUCACUAUUGGGUUGAGUCUGCCGAAGAUUCGAAACGCAGAAUCUUGGAUCUGGCACAAAAAUGGAACGCCCCAAUCCUUUCGGAAGGGCAAUCCCCAACUAGUUCUCUCUCUCAGCCUUCGUCACACUUGAGCACCCCUCCCCAGAAUGAUGAUGACACUGCUGCUUUACUUACAGGUGGCAUUGAUCCUGCAAUAUGGGAAGAUCUGACUCAACCAAUCGACUGGAGUGCUUUUCCUAUACCCAGCAUUCAAUCUAACCCCUUCACCGGCCCAGAUGCAGCGCUCUUCGCGACGUAUCCCUCUACCGAGCUGGGAUCGAUGUACGAACAAAUAAGCGUUCCUAUGGACCUUACAACAGAUUUUACUCAAGAAUUGAAUUCGUUAUGGUACAUAGGUACACAACCUACUGUCGAGUUGCAAAAUCCAGCUCAACCAAAUGGGGGGUGUUGUGGACAGUGCUCAGGAUUUUGA